GGAAGAAAUCAUUAGAACCCAAGAUUGCAUGAUCUCAAGUGGGUGUCCCGUCUUGCAUGCUUGUUAGUAUAAAUUGGACUGCCUAUGGAGACCCCAAGAAACAACCAUACAAGGGCUUUGGUGUUAUAAGCGCUUUUGUGUUCUAAGCUCAGUAAGCCAGGAUGAGGUCAUUCUUGACAUAUGUGCUUCUGGUUUGUUCAUGUUUGGAUAUUCCUGGAAUUCUGGGGGAUAUUGGCACAGCAACGUCGUACGAUCCUCCAUACUUGCCAACAAAAUGCAAGGGCUACGACCAAAACCAAUUCCCAGAAGGGGGACUGUUUGUUUCAGCAAGUGAUGGGUUAUGGGACAAUGGAGCAGCCUGUGGCCGGAGAUAUCGGUUGCGGUGUAUCAGUGGUCUAAGGCGACCAUGCAAAGAAGGAUCUAUAGUUGUGCAGGUUGUUGAUUUUUGUCAACACCGUCCCUGCCCAGCUACAAUGGUUCUAUCAAACAAAGCUUUUGAUGCAAUCUCAAGGAUCCCAAGUGCCAAAAUCAACAUUGAAUAUGCACAGAUUUGAUUGGAAUGCAGCAGAGGCAAAUUCAAAUGAGUACCAUAACAUUUGUUUCAGUUUCUUACCAAAGGACAUAAAGAUGAAAUUGACUCACUUGAAUACAGAUCUGUGUAACUUAGUAAAGCAGAAACGAGGGAUACCUUUCUACCUUUCUUCUGUUGUUAACUUGGAAAAAGAGAACUUUCCUCCAUGAUGUUCAGUUGCCCAAUGAUCAUAGCUACAACAUUGUCUUUCAAAUUUGCAGAAAUAAUAAAUUUCCCUCUUUCCAUUUCUCAA